AUGUCGUCCCGGAAACGAAAAAACAGAGACCACCAAAGAACUUACUACGAGCCACCCUCCCAUGAUAAGGAUGUAGUCCCUGACCCCGCCUUGAUCAUCCAGGCCCACGAAGGAGAUGUCGUACGAGGACCACAGGCUCGUCUUGCUGCUCUUUCUCUCGAGGUUGGCCCAGGGCAUGUCGGAAGCGCUCUGAUCAAGUGGGGUGCGCAUGACGAUCCAACAUACUUCAGGAGGGAACAGUCACCUUCAGAUAUCGAGCGCGAUGAAGAUCAGCGAGAGUCCAUCUGGGUGGAUAGAUACGACGCUCGGCUUUUACUUGACGAUCUUCCCGAGCCCAGCCUAUCCGCCCAAGUACGAUCACAUUCUCCUAGCGGUUGGUCGGAUCUCCCAUCAGACACGGAAGACACAUUCUUUUUCUCCCCCGAUGAAGCAGAGGAUUAUCGACGAGAAAAGCGCAGACGCCUCAUAGAUCAAAGCAGAGAAGAGCGAUUACGGGCUCUGCGUGAAGAGGAAGGGCCAGAAGAGGAAGAGGACGCCGACACGUGGGGAGGGAGUGAUGAGGAGCCGGACGAUGCACAAGUAACCGUCAUGCACAAGACUGCUCAGCAUAUCUUAUCUUCGCUCAAUCCCGCCCAGCUUGAGAUCAGAAUACUGGCGAAUUAUGGUGGAGAUAAGCGAUUUGCUUUCUUGAGAGGGAGGUGGUCUCGUGCAUGGCGCACGCUGAAAGGAAAGGUGAGAGUUGAGAUUGAAGAAAAAAAGGAACAAGAGAAAAAUACCUCUGGUAAUGUUAGCCUCGGAGGUCUUGCUGCAUAUGGUGAUAGCGAUGACGAGAGUGAAGGCCAUUCAGACGCUGCUGGGUCGAAUCUGGAACCAAGUCAAGAGCCUGAGCCACCUUCAGACGAGACGCUGAAAGAAGCAAGACGUGCCAGGGCCCGCGAAUGGUCAGCUAGGCGGCGCACUGUACAAGCUGCCGAAGAGCAGAAUGCUUAG